AUGACAGUCGGCCUUCUUCACAUCGGACAAUCCCAACCCGCCAAAGACGAAGACUUCUCUCACCUCGGCGUCGAGGUCAUCGACUUCAAUCCUCUAGACGAGUACUCAGUGAAUGAAAUUAUGCAGAAGCUCAAACCCAUCCCGGGGGAGCUCCCCAUCAGCUCCUCCACGGUCACCGGUGAACGGAUCCUCAUUUCCAAGUCGGCGCUUGUGCCGGAGCUCAACAAGGCCAUCGCACAAGCAGAGGCUAGAGGAAUUGCACGUGCUGCAGUAACGUGCACGGGGGAUUUUGAUCUCUCAUCUUCGACAAAACUUGAGAUCUUGUUUCCUGGCGAACUCUUGAAAGAGGCUCUGUCUAGACGAGCCUGGACGGAAGGGGAAAAGGUGGCGGUUCUUGUGCCUGUGGAUGAGCAGAAGCCUUUCCUGACGGAUCGUUGGGUUCAGCGGCUUCCUAAAGUCGUUUCUGUGUCUGCUUUCACUCUCAGUCCGGCAGCUACGAUUUACGAGUGCAGGGCUCUUGCGGAGGUCCUGUUGAAUAAGGGUUAUUCGGCUGCAAUUAUGGACUGCAUGGGCUACUUGGUUGCUUUUGGGGAAACUGUGGAACGGACUGGUUUGGACGUGUAUCUCGCAAAGGGCGUUACUAUAAAUGCGUUACUUGGUAAAUAA